AUGGUCGUCGCCGCCGUCGCACAGCUCAAUUCGACGGGCAUCAUCGCCGAUAACCUCGCCGCCGCCGUCGGCAUAAUAAGGCGUGCAGCAGCGGCUGGAGCCAAGGCCGUCUUCUUGCCCGAAGCCACCGACUUUAUUGCCCCGACGACAGCGGUCGCCCAGCUCACGAGAUCCCCCGAGAACGCCUCGUUUGUGCAGGGGAUCCGCGACGCUGCCAAGGAAGCCUCGGUAUAUGUCUCAGUCGGCAUCCAUGAGCCUCCCAGCAAGGAGCAGGACCAAGCCGACGAGCGGGACAACAACGGCAGGCUCCGCUGCUUCAACACGCAGCUCCUCAUCGACCAGAAAGGCGACAUCCUCGACAAAUACCGCAAGCUCCAUCUGUUCGAUGUAGAUAUCAAAGGCGGCCUAAAGAUCCUGGAGAGCGACUCAACGAUCAAGGGCAGCGAGCUGCUCUCGCCGCGACCCUCGCCCAUCGGAAAGAUUGGUCUUCUGACAUGUUACGACCUCCGCUUCCCCGAGCCGUCGCUCUCCCUUCGCCGCCAGGGCGCACAAGUCUUGACCUACCCAUCGGCGUUCACCGUCCGCACGGGAGCGGCCCACUGGGACGUUUUGCUUCGCAGUAGAGCGAUCGAGACGCAAUCCUAUGUCCUCGCGGCUGCCCAGGUUGGAGCGCACGACGGCACGAAAAGAGUAUCAUGGGGCCACGCAAUGGUCGUCGAUCCCUGGGGUUCCGUCGUCGCACAAUGCCCCGACAUCCAGCCGUACCAGCCCACCUUUUGCUUGGCCGACAUCGACCUCGACGCGCUCGAAAACACACGAAGGGAGAUGCCGCUGUGGUCUCAGCGCAGGCUCGACGUUUUCCCAGAGCUUUAG